UAAACUUAAGUUUUAUUAAAUAUAGUAAAUUAAAAAAAAUAAAAAUAAAAGUUAGCAGCUACCACAUUAAAGGAGCAGAGGGCUAGAAUGUGAUAUUCUAGAAGAAGGUGCUAGGAUUACAAACAAGAGUAUCCUAUCCAGAAAAACCUGGGCAUGGAGAAGAAUGGAUAUUUAAUGAAAUAAAGGACUUAAAAUCAUUCCUGAUUAAAAAAAAAAAAGACCAGAAUUGAAUAGCAAACUUGAUGUUCAAACACAAAACUCAAGAAGAGCAUAAAAAGAGACAGAAGGGAGAAAUCAUAAGGGUUAGCUGUUCAUAUUCCUAUGUGGGGAGAUUAUUUCGGCAACUUCUAAAAACGUCAUCAUUAUUAGGGCAGCCAGAAAGAGAGCAGGAGUGGGAAUGAAAUAUGCUGAGAUGACUGUUUUAACCACCUCCAAGUACCACACUCCUCCUCCAAAGAGGGGAACCAGGGAUGGAGUGGUUAAACACAGAAAUACAGAAGUGUCCCUUCUCCAGGAAUAAAGCAGGAAAGGCAGGUCGGUAUUGGGGGCUAGAUUGUGCCUCUCAUCAAACCCAAUGGUCUUCCAGUUCUUCCUUUUCUUGUCACCCAUAUCUGCUCACCAGCUCUGGUCUGCCCUGUUUUUGCUCGUGCCUCUUUGGUAUUUCAGGUCUCGUCUAGCUUUAUCUUUGGUGUCCUCUGCUCCUCCCAUCCCACAUACUCUACCAAGCAGGAUUUUCUGGCAAACGUGGAGAGCAGCCAAACUGGAUCUUCUGAGCAAUGCUCAUUCUCCCGUCUCACUCUGGCCCCCUAUUCUUCUCUAUUCUUCCAAGUGACUGGCAUUGUCUGGGCAUCUCAAAGUCAAAUUCCACGGAAACAGACGUCUCGGUAAUGCCUUGUCUUCCACAAGCAGAUGCUUCCGGCAUCCUGAGUCACCUGGUAAUAAAACUACUAGGGCCAUAUAAUUAACAUAUAUACAUCUUUUCCUAAAGAGGAAAGAGCUGGAUCUAAGGAAGAAGCAGCCUGGCUUGUUCUCACAUGAGUGCUGCUGUGGAUGUACAAGUGCUGUCAGGUAAGAGAUCAUAAUACAUCGUAGGAAAAAUAGAGGAAUGAUGGUUGGCGAUUGUUUGCUGGGAGAUAUCAGACGACUAUUUGUCAAUCUGAUAAUAAUAAAAGGGUUUGUUGGCUUCUAGCUCAUGACAGAAACUUGUAAAACCAGAUUGCAACAACCACUUCUGAUGAAUCACAGAUGCAAAUGACAAUGGCUAAAGGAAUCCAGAAAGCCAUGCUGACUGUUAGGAAGUUGGGGGCAUGAAAUUGAAGAUUUUAAGAACAUUCAUUUCAUCAUUGCUGUUUAUCAAAGACUUUAGAAGAGAAAGACACAUUUAGGAAGUAAACCACUUAAGAAUUAGAUCUGGAUUUCUGCUAAAACUAUAGAAAUGAUGGGCUCCUUUGCUCAUAGAGUACACCUAAUAAGCCAAUAAUGAUUUAUGUGCCUUUUUUUUUUGCAAAGCUAAUCAAAAAGGUUUUAAACUAAAUUAGAAAGAGUAGGGAAGGGGCAGCUGGGUAGCUCAGUGGAUUAAGAGCCAGUCCUAGAAACGGGAGGUCCUAGGUUCAAAUCUGGCCUCAGACACUUCCUAGCUGUGUGACCCUGGGCAAGUCACUUGACCCCCAUUGCCUAGCCCUUACCACUCUUCUGCCUUGGAGCCAAUACACAGUAUUGACUCCAAGACGGAAGGUGAGGGUUUAAAAAAAAAAAGAAAGAGUAGGGAAGAAAUUAUAUCAUAGAUAGGAUAACAGUAGAGAGGCUGAGAAAUCACAGGAGACAAAACAUAGAGAAGUGAAAAAUAAAAAAUUUGGCCCUACAAAUACACAAAUUUUUUGGACAAGCAUAAGAACUUAACAAAAGGAAACAAAUUUGACCUCAUACAUAUCAUUAAAUCUCAGUGAGAUAUGCUAUGACUUAAAUAUGGCUCUUAUAGAAUAUACCUUACUGUUUUUCUAAAUAAAUUCUUAAUGGUUUCUUUUUAUACAACUUCCACUUUACAAUGACUCUUCCUCUCUGCCAAUAGCACUGAAGUAUAAUCAGGCAAACCAAAUUGUUAUGUUAGAUAUAUCUUUUUGAGUUUAUCUGACAGAUAACUGUGGAAAUAUAUAUUCUACAAAGGAGAAACUAUAGAUAUAAAAACCUAGGCUUUACUCUGAAUCAGGCCUCAAAAAAGAAAAAUAAAUUUCAACAAAAUUGAGAUUCUAUAGACAAAAUUACAUCAGAGUGAUAGAAGAAACAAUUCUUUUACAUACUGUGAUCUUGUACAUUCUUUUAGGAUUGUUUUUUUAAAGCCAGAUUUAUAAUCCCAUGCUUCCUUUAAUGUCAUAAAAGUUGAACAAACUUAGUUAACCAGAAUCACAAAAUUUCGUGCAUCCCCUAAGGGAAACAAACCUAGUUGAACAGAUUCUAUCAGUAAAUUAAGCCAGAUUAUAAUUAAACUACAUUUAGAAGAUUCAUAAUGGGCUAAUUGAGAGAAGGGAUUGAUGCGUCACUAAGAUGACCAAGGAGUCAAGGAUAAUUGGGAUCCUUUCUCUGACUUCUUAUCUGAGGACUGUUUGAAGACUUAUGUAAAUUUUCACACCCCAUGGAACAAGUUGCAGCCAGCUCAAUAACCUCCUAAUUUGAAACUACCCCCAAAUAAUAAAAUGAAUCGAAAGCAAUAAUCAGAGAUUGUCAUAACAAAACCAACACACUGGCCAUGUAUAGCAAUGUAUGCCAUUCUCUGAAGUCAAUGUUGAUCACUCUAUUGACGGAAUUUCUGAUGACUUUCAAUGCUUUUCCCUUCCUUUUCCAUUAUUGUCGUCAUUGGGUAUAUUGUUUCCUUGGUUCUACACUUCUCUCUCCAUCGGUUCAUACAAGUCUUCCAAAGUUUCUCUGACUUCCUUAUAUUUAUUGUGUUUGUGAUGUAGUGGAUUGUGUUAUAAUGGAUUAUUGAAACCAUUCCAUUAGAUCCAUAUAUGUUCAAAUUAUUCAGCGAUUCCCUAAUUGAUGGAUAUCCAUUUUGCUUCUAUUUUUUUACUACUUCAAAGAGUGCUGCUAUAUUUUGACACUCCAGCCUUUGCCACCUUUCUUAGGUAAGAGUAAUUAUAGUUUACUGACACUUCUGGCAUAGUUCUGAAUUGCUAUCCAGAAUGUUUGGCCCCAUUUACAACUCCACCAAAAGAUUCAAGAAAGAGAAUAGAGAGGAGCAGAUCCUGUGAACCUCUUUAACCAGGAGAGAUGCUGCACCCAAAAGAUGUGAUUUCUCUACAAAAGAGGUUUUCCACACCCUGCAGUAGUACCAGGAGUUGCUCUUAUAUUUGCCCCUUAUCUAUCCUCCAAGUGUGCCUCUACCAGUGCUCUGAGUUUGAGUCUGCUCUUCCCUAUAAACCAAGACUCACAGAUUGUGGCUACUGGUUUGUUUGUUUUUUUUUCUUUAGCUAUAACAAUAGGUAAUUUUUUAAUAUAACAAUGCAAUAUGCAAUGCAUUAAUAAUACAUGAUUCAUCAGAAACAGAUUUAUAGUUAUACUUAUCCAAGAGAAACAAAUUGUCAUAUCAGCUGUCUAAAAAUCUCUCAUUCUUUUUCCCCUUCUCCUACGCUUCCCCUCUCCCCAAUGGGCAGGUAAUGAUCCAAGUGGUGCUCCAUUACCAUAGGAUACAUAUUCCCAUGCUUGGCAUGUCGUGCAAUGACACUGUUUACAGGAGAGAAAAAGUCACGUAGGAAAUGCAAGUGGAAAAGGGUGAGCUUCCAUUUGCAUUUGGAGUCCCUCUAUGCCUUCUCCUCGGGUGAGGGAUUCUUUUCCUCCUGAGCCCCUGGGAGUUGUCCUGGAUCUUUGCCUUGUGGAUCAUUGUUGACUGUGUCUGAGUACCACAGUCUCCUGGUUCCUUCUUCAUUGACGUCCUUCCAGGGUUUUUGUGAUCAUCCGGCUCUUUCUCCUAGCACAAUAGUGUUCCAUUACAAUCACUACCACACGGACCACAGUAGCGCUUUCUUUUUUCCUGUCAGCCUAGUAAAUCCCUUUGCUUUAAUUGAAGCUUACUGGAAGGUCCAAUGGGAAGCGCCUGGAUGCUUCGUGUCCGGGCAGCCGAGCACAGUUGCUCCUAGACCCGGCUCAGAGUAAGAAUGAGUCCUCUGGGAAUCCAGCCCUAAGCGGGCGGGGCUGGUUUGGACAUUCAUCUUUUGGCGAUGUUGGGCUAAAUGAUGGCACGACGUGUGCGAGGCAGGGACGUCCAGGACCAAGAUUCGCCCGUUGUGGCUAAUCAUUUUGCGAAUUACUCUGACGUUUGCCUAAACAAAGAGAGGCUUUAUUACCGGAAACAAUUUCACACUUCGGUGCCUUUUCGCUUCUACCUUCCCUCCGUGGCGGUGGCGGAGGUCCAGGCGAGAGCAGCGUUAAGCUUCUCCUGAAGGAGGAGGAGGAGCCGAUCACAAGUAAGCGCGCUGGCGGGGUGGGGGUGGGGAAGAGAUGGAAUGGGCUCUUCCGGUGACUUCCUUUGUGUGAAGCUCCGGCUUUUUGCUCUCUCCCCCUGGAAGCCAAGGAUAGCGGCUCACCCGAGGAUUAAAAAGGAGCGUCUUCUCUGCCCUGCCCACACCUAUUCCACCUCGUCAGCUCCUACAGGAAGCCACCGCGUGGGCUGACUCCGCCUCUCGCUGGGGCACCCGAAGUAAGCACCGCCUUCAGCUGCAGUCUCACCUGGAAGGAAGCGAGGACUGGGAGACGCUAAUUGGUCAGUUCUCCUUCUUUGACAUUAGCAGCAUUGGCGAGCGGCCCUCGCUGCGGGCCCGCCCCUGCGUCCGGAGGACGGUCCCCAUUGGAUCGCCGGGGAUCUGCGGGAGCCGGGCGGCGGAGCCUCGGAGAGCGAGGAAAUUGGAUGAGAGGCUGGGCGGUUUCCCUUCCCCUAGACUGCUGUUGACAUACGUUUUGGUAGCCGCCACCGGAGAAGCUGCGGCUUGUGAAGGUUGUUCCACCCUCUCCAGGCCCUCGCCCUCCUGCUGGGACCGUGGCUGAGGUGCCUUCUCUGCUGUAAGAAUGUAAAAUGGAUCCAGAAGAGCAAGAGCUGUUUGGUGAUUACAGAUACAGAAAUUAUUCUUCCGUGAUUGAAAAAGCUUUAAGAAGUUUUGAAUCAUCAAGUGAAUGGGCAGAUCUAAUCUCUUCCCUUGGUAGACUCAAUAAGGCUCUUCAAAGCAACCUGACAUACUCGCUCUUGCCAAGACGUCUCAUUAUCAGUAAGAGGUUAGCUCAGUGUUUGCAUCCGGCUUUGCCUAGUGGAGUCCAUUUGAAAGCCUUAGAGACCUACGAAAUCAUAUUUAAAAUCAUAGGCACAAAGUGGCUUGCCAAAGAUUUGUUCCUGUACAGCUGUGGCUUGUUUCCCCUUCUGACAAACGGAGCCGUCUCAGUGAGGCCCGUCCUUCUCGGGCUCUAUGAGAAAUACUUCCUUCCUCUGAAGAAGCUGCUUCUGCCGAGCCUCCAGGCGUUUGUUAUCGGACUGCUCCCUGGCCUCGAGGAGGGCUCCGAGAUUUACGACAGGACAGAUGCCCUGCUUCUCCGGCUGUCCCUGGCUGUCGGCAAAGACGUCUUCUAUGCCGCCCUGUGGGGAGCCGUUGGGGUGAGCCCUUCCAUCAGGCUCCCCGCAUCCCUCUUCAUCGUCAGCCACAUCCAGAGAGAGGUGCCCGGCCAAGAGCAGACAUACAUGCUGGGGACUGAUCACCAGCUCACGAUCAGAUCUUUGUGCGCUUCGCUACUGGACUCUAAUGUUCUGGUGCAGAGAAACAACCUGGAAAUCGUCCUUUUCUUUUUCCCGUUUUACACGUGCCUGGACCCCGAUCAAAGCGCCAUCCCGCUGCUCCGAUCGGACGUCAUUCGAGUGCUUUCAGCCGCCGUCCAGACGCUGCUGCGGAGAGACAUGUCUCUCAACCGGAGAUUUUACGCCUGGCUGCUAGGGUCCGACAUCAAAGGAAAUUCUCUUGUGCCUCCAUCCAGUGUCUCAGCAUCCUACGAAGACCAGUCCGUCUAUUUCUUUGAGAAAUACUCCAAGGAGCUCUUAGUUGAGGCAUUGAUUGAAAUUUUGCAUCAGAAGUUCACAGGCUCUGAAUUUGAAGAAAGUCAGCACGCUUACCUGAAACCUUUCCGUAUUCUUGUUAGCCUCCUUGACAAACCUGAAAUAGGGCCUCCGGUUGUCGGGGAUCUGUUUCUCGAAGUGGUCCGAGCCUUGUACUCUUACUGCAGAGACGCCCUGGCCAUUGAUCUUCAACUGAGCUACACGCAGAGUGGAAAUUUACUUACAAGUGCAAUCAAAGAAAACAAAUAUGCCUCGGAGAUUGUUAAAACUGUGAAUUUUCUAAUUACUUCCCUAAGUGCAGAUUUCAUCUGGGAUUAUAUGACCCGAUGUUUUGAAGACUGCUUUAGAAGCAGAUCCAUGGAAGUAAACUAUCCCAUUGCCAAAAACAGCACUUCUCCCACCGUUUCAGAACUUUGUGUAUUGCUUGUGUUCCUCCUUGAUGUCAUUCCAUUGGAACUCUAUUCUGAGGUGCAAACUCAGUAUCUCCCACAGAUGCUCAGUUACAUGGUGCAGUGCCUCUACGAGGAGCUGGAGUUCUUAACCUUGCCCGAGCUCACCCACGCCUUAAAGACGUGCUUCAAAGUGCUGAGCAAAGUUCAAAUGCCUCCAUCGUACUUGGACAUUGAGGCAGCGCACGAAAACGUGAAUCCCAAAAUAGAUAAAAGUGAUGGAAAAACUGUAGAAAACGUAGAAACAAAGCCUACGAUGCCUGAUGAUGAUGAUGAUGCUUCAUUUCCUCCACUUAAAUCUGAAGACAGCGGUAUUGGCCUAAGUGCUUCAUCCCCAGAGCUUUCUCGGCACUUAGGAAUCCCCAAGAUUUCUUUAGAGAAGGAUGAUGUCUGGAAAAGAAAUGGGAGCAUGCAAAAAACAUUGCACUACCUUCAAGAACUAGUUACUACCUUUAGCAAAAAGCACAUUUUUGGGGUGCAGCUACCAGAGCGUGCAGAGGAAAACCAGCCAAUGGUAACCAUAAGCCCAAAGGACAAAGACGAAGCCAACAUCACAAUUAUUGAAAACUCUGGAAAGCGGAGAAGCUUGCUGGAAACAAAGGCGAUCACGGUGCCCCAGUUUAAACAGAUGCUUUCAGACUUAUUCACAGUCCGAGGGUCUCCAACGAAGCCAAAAAGGCCGUCCUUUUCCUCCACCCACAACCUGGGCCAGAAAAAGGAAAAAGAGGACGAGGAACGGUACAUUUACAAGGUGGUUAUCGACUUGGGGGACUUGAGCAAGGACUGCCAGGAAGCCUUUGCUAGUGCUUGUCGUUUUCUGCUGGAGUGCUCCACCUUCCCUGUGUACCUUUCUCAGGAGGAAACGGAGCAGCUCUACACAUCUCUGUUCCAGGCGCCCGAAUGCGAAUCCAGCUUCCCCAUGUGGCUUAAAUCUCUCAUGACCAUCUGCUGCUGCGUGAAUGACUGCCAGAUUCAGAACGUCUCCAUCUUUACGCUGCUCGAGAUGAUUAGCCAUUCUCAGUCACUGGCCCUUGUGUGUGAAGACAGGAUGAAACGGAGUAAAAUCUCUGGCCAUAGCCCAGUGUUUGGAAAGUUACAGAUGGUCACGGUUCCUCCCAUUGUUCCAGGAGUAUUAAAAGUCAUUGCAAAGAAAACGGACUUCUAUCAGAGAGUCGCCCAGGUGCUCUGGAAUCAGCUGAGCCAAGACACCCAGGAACACCACAUCGCUUGUGUGGAACUCUUCUACAAGCUCCACUGCUUGGCUCCAUCAGCCAACAUCUGCGAAGACAUCAUCUGCCAUUCCUUAGUGGAGCCCGACAAGGGAACAAGAUUGGAAGCGAUAUUUAGAUUCUCCAUAAUCUGGCACCUAACAAGAGAGAUUCAGAGCAACCGGGUGACAUCCCACAGUCGUUCCUUUGAUAGGUCCUUGUUUGUUGUACUGGACAGCCUGACUUGUUCUGAUGAAGCCAUUGGUGCCGCAGCACAAGGCUGGUUGGUGCGAGCUCUUUCCCUCAAUGAUGUGUCCCGCAUCCUGGAACCUGUUCUCUUGUUUCUGCUUCACCCAAAGACACAGAGAAUAUCCAUUCACUGCAUCAAGCGGAAAAGCUCAGCAGAGGAUUUGCAUCGCUGGUUCAGCAAGAAGAAAGCUUGUUUCAAAGCCAUGUGCGGAGUGUCUGGAGGGGGGGGCUCCCCUGAAAACCUGCCCUCCAAUCAGUUCACCACCGUGGACCGGGAGGCUAUGUGGGCUGAGGUCGAGAACGACCCCGAGACACUUCUGCGGAGAAAUGCCUCAGAGGAGGGCUACGAUGUCCCUGGUGGGGCCACCGAGGCCGAAGGCGGGCUUCAGGAUAACAGCGAGCACACGGAGUCGGCAGACACUAGCCUGGGACGCACAGAGAGUGAGAACACGUCCUCCUUCUCCACGCCUUCCCUCGACCCUCACGAGCUGAGCAGUGAAGACAACUGCAGCCCCCUAGACGAUCUGGGCCAUCCCGAGCCUCCCCCCUCGGCCUCCCUCUCCCAGGCUCCGGGCUCUAGAAUGGGUGCCAAGCCGAGCCUGGUGCGCUUUGACUCAGACAAGACCCAAGCAUCGGAGUCCCUGUCCAGUGAGGAGGAAGCAGACGUGCCACCAAUGCUCACGGUGUCCAAGUUAUUACAACAGAAGAAGGAGAAGCAGGAGAGGACCGAGGCGCUGUUUAAGCACGUGCUGUUGUACCUCCAACCCUACGACUGCACUCGUGUCCUCUACGCCUUUUCCGUGCUGGAGACAGUCCUCAAGUCCAACCCCAAAGAGUUCAUCGAGGCGCUGUCCAGGACCAACAUGGACACCGGCUGCACUGCCCACUGGAACCUCAUUCAGAACCUCCUGGCCCGUCACCAGGAAGCUCUGGUCGGCCAAAGUUUCUACGGGAAGCUUCAGACUCAGUCGCCCACCACCUGCCCUCACUCACUUCUAAUCGAGCUCCUUAUUUAUCUCUGCCUGAGUUUCCUGCGCUCCUACUUUCCCCGCUACGUGCAGGUCUCCCGUGGGGACGUGCUCGGCAACCAGGCUGUGCAGAUCAAGAGCGUUGAGGUCCUGAUCCGGAUCAUGAGCCAGCUGACCGCUGUGGCCAAGGCGUUUAAGGGCAAGAGCGUGGACUUCAUCCAGAGCUUGCUGGAGCGCUGCCGGGUGCAGGAGUUCGUCCUCCUCUCCCUGUCCGUGUCCAUGCUGAGCAGCCAGAAGCACGCUGAGCUUGUGGCCGGGGCCCCCUCGAAGCCCUCCACAGAAGAGGUGCCCUUUGAGGAGGGGAUAAUCACCUUUGGUCAGGACACCCUCUGGAACCCCCUGCAGAUCGAGCUCCUCAAACUGCUGCAGGUGCUGAUUCUCCUGGAGCACCAUCUGGGGAAGGUCCAGGAAGAGCUGGAGAGCCCCUCCGAUCUGUCCAAGGAGUGGCAGAAGAGCCUCAACUUUCAGCAGUCCGUGGGCGCCGCGCAGUACGUGCAACCGCACCCCAUCACCUCGCAGGGGCUCUUCAUCUCCGCGGUGGUGAGGGGCUUGCAGCCCCAGGGCGGCUAUGGCAUGCACCCAGCCUGGGUGGCCCUGGUCACGGCCUCCCUACCGUACUUCGGCAGAUCCCUGGGCUGGACUGUCGCCCCGUUUGUGGUGCAGAUAUGCAAGAAUCUGGACGAGCUGGUCCGACAGUAUGAAGAUGAGCUCGUGCAGCCGUCUGUCAGCAUGCCCUGUAAGAGGGAGAACGUUUCACCAGAUUACCCACUCAUGCUCUUGGAAGGACUAACAACUAUAAGUCAUUUCUGCCUCCUGGAACAGCCACCCAACCAAACCAAAAUGUCAACUUCUGUAAGCGACCCCAUCAACCUGAGAAAUGCCAAGAACGCUAUUUUGGAAGAGUUGCCUCGAAUGGUUAACACCAUGUCACUUCUAUGGAGCGUCAUUAGAAAAGAAGAAACCCAGAAAAGACAAGCGGAUUUCUUUGGAUCUCCUAAAGGAUCGUCUCUCGUUUACUUUAAAGCCACCAAAACCAUAAGACAAAAAGUUUUAGAUUUCUUGAACCCUCUGGGAACUCAGCUUGGGGUCCAACUGACAGCAGCCGUGGCAGCCGUGUGGAGCAGAAGGAAAGUCAAGCAUCAUAGUAAGAUCGUCCCGGUGGCCAGUCCCUCUCAGCUGACUCUGGUGGAUUUGAUUUCAUCGCUCAGUACGUUGAAAACGGACACAAUAUUGUACCUGGUGAAAGAAGUGGUCAAGAAACCACCACAGAUCAAAGGAGAAGAGAAGUCGUCUCUAGUGGAUAUCCCCGUGUUGCAUUUCAGCUACACUUACCUUCAAAGGCUCCCUAUCUCAGUUCUACAGGAAAACUUCCCUUCAUUGUUAGGAGUAUUAAAGGAAUCUGUACAGUUGAAUUUAGCCCCACCUGGAUACUUCCUGCUACUCAGUAUGCUCAACGAUUUUGUGACCAGAACACCGAAUCUGGAAAGCAAGAAGGAUCAGAAAGACCUGCAGGACAUCACCCAAAAAAUUCUGGAAGCCGUGGGAAAUGUAGCUGGUUCUUCUCUGGAACAAACGAGCUGGCUGAGCAGAAACUUGGAAGUGAAGGCUCAGCCUCAGGUCUCUUUAGAGGAAUGUGAUGCUGAAGAAGACUUACAUGGUGCCUCCGCUGCGCCCUCGUCCAUGGUGUCGGCCUCCGCCCCCUCCGUGUACAGCGUGCACGCGCUCUCUCUCCUGGCGGAGGUUGUAGCCUGUCUCUUGGACAUGAUUUAUCGGAGCGACGAGAAGGAGAAAGCUGUGCCUUUGAUUUCCCGUUUGCUCUAUUACGUCUUUCCCUAUUUGCGGAAUCACAGUGCCUACAACACUCCCAGCUUCCGAGCUGCUGCCCAGCUACUCAGCUCCCUGAGUAGUUAUGCCUACACUAAGCGAGCCUGGAAGAAAGAAGUGCUCGAGUUAUACUUGGACCCGGCUUUCUUCCAGAUGGAUACUUCUUGUGUGCAUUGGAGGUCCAUUAUUGACCAUCUUCUGACACAUGAAAAAACAAUGUUUAAAGAUUUAAUGAACAUGCAAAGCAGCUCUUUAAAACUGUUUUCGAGUUUUGAGCAGAAAGCCAUGCUGCUGAAGCGGCAAGCAUUUGCUGUCUUCAGUGGAGAUGUUGAUCAGUAUCAUCUCUACCUUCCAUUGAUUCAAGAACGACUGACAGAGAAUCUGAGAGUUGGACAGACAUCCCUAGUGGCUGCUCAGAUGUUCCUUUUUUUCAGAGUUUUGCUGCUAAGAAUAUCUCCUCAACAUUUGACUUCAUUGUGGCCAAUAAUGGUCACUGAACUGAUUCAGACAUUUAUACAAUUUGAAGAUGAUCUAAAACAGAGGAAUGAAUCAUCAAAAAGCAACAACAAAGUAAGCAGAUUGAGAGCUUCAGGAAGUGAUGGCGGUGGACCCUCCCUGGCUGAGAUUUCCCAGAAUGAGCUCUUCCUGUAUUUAUCGGCUUGCAAGUUUCUGGACACCGCACUCUCUUUCCCGCCAGACAAGAUGCCCUUAUUUCAAAUGUAUAAAUGGGCUUUCGUCCCAGAAGUGGAUACAAAGACUUCUGCCUUUCCCUCGGAUGGAGAGGAGUAUCAGCAAGAGUGUAAACCGCAUGUGGUUAGGAUCCUGGAGCUUCUCCACCUAAAAUAUGGGGAGAUCACCAGUCCGAACGAGACGGCUUCUCCCCAGCGCGAAUUCCCCCUUUUGCACCAGCGGUCCAUCUCCAGCAUCGUGCAGCUGAUGCCGUUCUUCCGGACGCUGAGCUGCGCUUUUAAGGCUCCGAGGCCUUCCCUGGCAGAGUCUUCUAUGGCGGAUGGCCCGAAGGUCUUGAAACAACUGGAGGAAAGUGUGGAAUGUGAUUUUCUGGAGAAUCUGGACUGUUAGACUGUUCCCUUGAUUUGGCGCUAUUGUGUUGCCAGAAUAUGAUUUAACGUGGAAGGGUAGGACGGGAUUGUCGGUUUAGUUUUAUUUAUUUCUGAUUGGCGUGAAAAAUCUCCUUCAAUGACUUAAGAAAGGCAGAUCAAAGGGCUCCUUUUUUUACUCGGUUUAUGCAGUAACGUUGAUGUUGCCUCCAGAUCCAGAACAAUUGUAGCUCGCAGUCUAAAUAAAGACGAUGCAGAUGAAGGCAGGCAGCCUGCUUCUGUGGGUGGUGCGGAAGUGAGGUUGUGUUUUGGUCUCCUCCAAGGGCAGUUCUCUGCAAACUUCGCCUCUCUCGUCCAGAUGCUUCUUUUUUCAGACAAACAUGAUUACCCAAAUAGGAGUGAUUGGAAGUCCGUACAUGCCUUCCCAAAGUGACACUCAUAGAAGGUAUUUGGGACUCUCUAGCCCCCUCUCCAGCAGAACCGCCUCCGUGCUGUGGCCUGAACUUGUAAACAGACCCAUUGGGCCGCCCUGCGGAGAAGCGUUACUGUGGAGGUCUCGGUGUUCCCCAGAUCCGUGAUCUCAUGGCGUGUCUCCCGCCCCCUUCCUUCUGGCAGCCCUUCUAUCGUCUAGGCAAUGGCAAAGCCUUCGGCCCCUGCUGCCAGCCGGACCACGAGCCUCUGCAAGCUCACGGAGCCGGCCGAGUCCCGGGGAAACCAACCCAGCGCGGCGCGAGUUCUUCCAGAGGGCCGUCUUGGUGCCCUAAUGAGGCUGUGAAGCAAAAUGAGUGCAGGGAAUAGGCUAGUGACUCCUUAACCUGCUGCCCUGAUAAGCACACAUGCCGCGGAGUCCCUGUCAGUCCAUGUAAACGGGAAGAUUUGUGUAAACGGGAAGAUGUUUGCACAUCUUUGGUCAUGGAAGUACGUUCGGAGAACACUGAGAAUCUCUAAUAAAAAACAAAGCUCAUGUCCGACUGUGGCUAGCCCUGGGAGGGGGAGUUUCCGCAGAUAUGUCCCCUUUCCAGUUUGAUCACAGGUAGGCAGGCGGGUAAGAAACGCUGCCUGCACGCUCUUCCUGUCCCUAAAGAGCCCAUACCCAGCCACGUCUGGGGGCCCACAGAGCCCAGACCAGAAACAGCAGCAUGUAUUUCCUGAGCCUGAAGGACCCCUUCCUCCCGCUUCCUCAUUGGAGUCCUCCAGAGAUUACAGUCUAUGGGAGAAAGCCACCCCCCCCCCCCCAUUGCAUCUCUCAUUGCCCUCGGAAAUCUCCAUUUCCCCAGUCCCUCCCCUUUCAUUUCCUCAUAACCUACAACAUUCCAUAGAGCUUCUACUGCCCAGAGCAUCCUUUGACAUUAUUUACCCAAUUCUUCCUCUUCCAUCAGGAGCCUUGGAGCAAGCAGAUGGAGGGAAAUGGUGGUCUGAUGAGUUGCAUCAAGCUGUUUGAAUCAGUCUUGGACCAAUCCCCUCAGACAUGGAACUGGGCCACAAGCUGGGGCCACUUGAAUGCCCAUUUUAGUUAUCAGAGGUCAGGCCUGAGAGGACGCUUCCCUCCAGCUGCCCAGGGCGCAAGAUGUCCACCUCUGGAUGUGCAGCCAAUUCCUCUGAUGGGUGGCGAAAAUCUGGAGGCCCUGAACAAUAGGUGGCAAGCCCCCAGAGGCCCUGGGCAAUGGGUGGCGAGCCCCCAGAGGCCCUGGGCAAUGGGUGGCAAGCCCCUGGACGCCUUGAGCGAUGGGUGGAGAGCCCCCGGUGUAAUGAUUAAAAUAGUGGGAGUCAUAAACUGAGGCAGAUAAAAGAGUAGUUGGCUUAAAUUGUGACUGCAGAAAAUAUGGUUUCAAGACAGUGUCUUGUUUUAAAUCAAAUAUAAGGUGGUCGCCAGGGGAAAAUUCCCAAAUAUUAAAUAUACCCAAGUCAGCUGGGUUUUAUAAAGGUUUUAAUUCAUACAAAUGAGGAAAUAAUGAAAGAGAGAGAGAAAAAGGAAAUAAUGAGAAAAAGGGCUAGACCAGCCUAGGCCAGCAUGAGCCAGCCUAGGCUGAAAACCCUAAGAGAGAGAUCAGUCAGUCUUUUAUCCACUCACCACAAGAUUUGUCCAAGCAAGAUUCUAGUGUUCAGAGAGACACCAGCUGAAUCCCUCCAGAGAGAGUUCUUCUGAGACAGUCCCUUCUCUCAGCUUUUCAUCUCCUUUUAGAGGGAAUUUUCUCCUAUGUCAGCUUUUCAUCUCCUUUUAGAGGGAAUUUUCUCCUAUGUCACCUCCUCUAAGUUCUCACAUCUACCAACCACAGUAGACAUUUUCCAAAGGACUGACCAUUCUGAAUUCACACCUGAGUAGACUAAACUUUUGAGUAAUUCACACCUGGAAAAACCUUUGAGUAAGUUCUCACCUCUUUGCCACUUGCAAGUUUACAAGUUGCCUGACCUUUAUAGAUACUUAGCACCCUUUUGUAUUAGAUCUAAAAAUAGGCACAGCUUAAGAGCUUUUGCCUUACUAUAAGUAUGGGUUUAAGUAUUUUUCAUUGUUCAGCAAGGAGUUUCUUCCCCUAAAGCAUGCUUAAGUAGGGAUGGAGUAGAGGUCUCACAUUCUGAUCUAAGUCCCUUCAUUGUUUAAAAUGGGGAAUGGUCUUAACCAAGUGUUCUGAAGUAGGGUCUGAGAAUUUUUAAGAUUCACACUGGAGGCCCUGGGCGAUGGGUGGUGAGUCCCCGGUGGCCCUUGGUGAUGGGUGGCAAGCCCCUGGAGGCCCUGAGUGAUGGGUGGCAAGCCCCUGGUGGCCCUUGAUGAUGGGUCCAUCAGGCUCUCUGUUAUUGGAAAUAAAAAUGCAGCGCCGUCUCCUGAA